GUGGCAGGGGUCACCCACUGCUCUUCCGGACGCAAUUUUGAGGAGGUCGGAGCUGAAGGACGUCGUGGCGAUUGCUAGCGCUGGGGUGCCACACUUAGGCUGAGCUGCAGGUUUUCGCACAGCCGCGAGUUAACCUCUGCUUGCACCAGAGGCCUCGUCCUAAUCCACCUCGGCUGACGGCGCGGGAUCCCUGGCUCCGCGAGCCUCGGCCUCACCAUGUGUGUCAGGAGCUGUUUCCAGUCCCCCCGUCUCCAGUGGGUGUGGAGGACAGCCUUCCUGAAACACACCCAGCGCAGGCACCAGGGGUCCCACCGAUGGACGCACCUUGGAGGCAGCACCUACAGAGCGGUGAUUUUCGACAUGGGCGGAGUUCUCAUUCCUUCUCCAGGGAGAGUCGCUGCAGAAUGGGAGGUACAGAAUCGUAUCCCUUCUGGAACUAUAUUAAAGGCCUUGAUGGAAGGUGGUGAAAAUGGGCCCUGGAUGAGAUUUAUGAGAGCAGAAAUAACAGCAGAGGGUUUUUUACGAGAAUUUGGGAGACUUUGCUCUGAAAUGUUAAAGACCUCCGUGCCUGUGGACUCAUUUUUCUCUCUGCUGACCAGUGAGCGAGUGGCAAAGCAGUUCCCAGUGAUGACUGAGGCCAUAACUCAAAUUCGGGCAAAAGGUCUUCAGACUGCAGUCUUGAGCAAUAAUUUUUAUCUUCCCAACCAGAAAAGCUUUUUGCCCCUGGACCGGAAACAGUUUGAUGUGAUCGUGGAGUCCUGCAUGGAAGGGAUCUGUAAGCCAGACCCUAGGAUCUACAAGCUGUGCUUGGAGCGGCUCGGCCUGCAGCCCUCUGAGUCCAUCUUUCUUGAUGACCUUGGACCAAAUCUAAAAGAAGCUGCCAGACUUGGUAUUCACACCAUUAAGGUUAAUGACCCAGAGACUGCAGUAAAGGAAUUAGAAGCUCUCUUGGGUUUUACAUUGAGAGUAGGUGUUCCAAGCACUCGGCCUGUGAAAAAGACGAUGGAAAUUCCAAAAGAUUCCUUGCAGAAGUACCUCAAAGACUUACUGGGUAUCCAGACCACAGGCCCACUGGAACUACUUCAGUUUGAUCACGGGCAGUCAAAUCCAACUUACUACAUCAGGCUGGCUAAUCGUGAUCUAGUUCUGAGGAAGAAGCCCCCAGGGACACUCCUUCCAUCUGCCCAUGCCAUAGAGAGGGAGUUCAGGAUUAUGAAAGCCCUUGCAAAUGCUGGAGUACCUGUCCCUAACGUUCUUGAUCUCUGUGAAGAUUCAAGUGUCAUUGGCACCCCCUUCUAUGUGAUGGAGUACUGCCCAGGUCUCAUCUACAAAGACCCUUCCCUGCCAGGCUUGGAGCCCAGCCACAGGCGAGCCAUAUACACUGCCAUGAACACAGUCCUGUGCAAAAUUCACAGUGUGGAUCUGCAGGCUGUGGGACUUGAAGACUAUGGGAAGCAAGGGGACUAUAUUCCACGCCAGGUACGAACCUGGGUUAAGCAGUAUCGAGCUUCCGAAACUAGCACCAUCCCAGCCAUGGAGAGGCUGAUCGAAUGGCUGCCCCUCCAUCUUCCCCGUCAGCAGAGGACCACAGUGGUGCACGGGGACUUCAGGCUCGACAACCUGGUGUUUCAUCCAGAAGAGCCAGAGGUGCUUGCUGUCCUUGACUGGGAACUUUCUACCUUGGGCGACCCCCUUGCCGAUGUGGCCUACAGCUGCCUGGCUCAUUACCUGCCGUCCAGUUUUCCCGUGCUGAGAGGUAUUAAUGACUGUGACUUGACACAGCUGGGAAUCCCUGCUGCAGAGGAGUAUUUCAGGAUGUACUGUCUCCAAAUGGGGCUCCCUCCCACUGAGAACUGGAACUUCUAUAUGGCUUUUUCCUUUUUCCGUGUGGCUGCAAUCCUACAGGGAGUCUACAAGCGAUCACUCACAGGGCAAGCAAGCUCCACAUAUGCGGAACAAACUGGAAAGCUGACCGAAUUUGUGUCUAACCUGGCGUGGGAUUUCGCAGUCAAAGAAGGGUUCCGGGUUUUCAAAGAGAUGGCCUUCACAAAUCCGUUAACAAGGUCCUACCACAUGUGGGCCAGGCCCCAGUCCCAGUGGUGCCCCACAGGCAGCAGGAGUUAUAGCUCCGUUCCAGAAGCUUCCCCAGCUCAUACCUCAAGGGGAGGUCUGGUUAUCUCUCCAGAGAGCCUCUCUCCACCUGUCAGAGAGCUGUAUCACCGGCUGAAGCACUUCAUGGAGCAACGUGUGUACCCUGCGGAGCCAGAGCUGCAGAGUCACCAGGCCUCAGCAGCCAGGUGGAGCCCCUCCCCACUGAUCGAAGACCUCAAGGAGAAAGCCAAAGCUGAAGGACUUUGGAACCUUUUCCUACCCUUAGAGGCUGAUCCCGAGAAAAAAUACGGAGCAGGACUGACCAAUGUGGAAUAUGCACAUCUGUGUGAGCUCAUGGGAACGUCCCUGUAUGCCCCCGAGGUAUGUAACUGCUCUGCACCUGACACGGGCAACAUGGAGCUGCUGGUGAGGUAUGGCACUGAAGUGCAGAAGGCUCGCUGGCUGAUUCCUCUGCUGGAGGGGAAAGCCCGCUCCUGUUUUGCUAUGACCGAGCCCCAGGUUGCCUCUUCAGAUGCCACCAACAUUGAGGCUUCCAUCAGAGAGGAGGACAGCUUCUAUGUCAUAAACGGUCACAAAUGGUGGAUCACAGGCAUCCUGGAUCCUCGUUGCCAACUCUGUGUGUUUAUGGGAAAAACAGACCCACAUGCACCAAGACACCGGCAGCAGUCUGUGCUCUUGGUUCCCAUGGAUACCCCAGGGAUAAAAAUCAUCCGGCCUCUGACGGUGUAUGGACUGGAAGAUGCACCAGGUGGCCAUGGUGAAGUCCGAUUUGAGCACGUGCGUGUGCCCAAAGAGAACAUGGUCCUGGGCCCUGGCCGAGGCUUUGAGAUCGCCCAGGGCAGACUGGGCCCCGGCAGGAUCCAUCACUGCAUGAGGCUGAUUGGGUUCUCAGAGAGGGCCCUGGCACUCAUGAAGGCCCGCGUGAAGUCCCGCGUGGCUUUUGGGAAGCCCCUGGUGGAGCAGGGCACAGUGCUGGCGGACAUUGCGCAGUCGCGUGUGGAGAUUGAGCAGGCACGGCUGCUGGUGCUGAGAGCUGCCCACCUCAUGGACCUGGCAGGAAACAAGGCUGCAGCCUUGGAUAUAGCCAUGAUUAAAAUGGUCGCCCCGUCCAUGGCUUCCCGAGUGAUUGAUCGUGCGAUUCAGGUGCCACAGGGACCGGGAAGAUGGUUGUUAUGGGCCAUCAAGAGCAGGCUAUCAUUCCUGGGGCUGUUGGAGACAAGGGCUGACCCAGGGCUGCCUCCCUCCACCCUGUGUCUGCCAGGCCUUUGGAGCAGCAGGCCUGAGCAGCGACUACCCACUGGCUCAGUUCUUCACCUGGGCCCGAGCCCUGCGCUUUGCCGACGGCCCUGACGAGGUGCACCGGGCCACGGUGGCCAAGCUAGAGCUGAAGCACCGCAUUUAGAGCCUUGGGGCUGCAGUGGCUCAAUGUCCUGGCUGGACCAGCUGUGCCCAGAUCUGUCACUGAUGUGCCUUGAAAGAUCCGGUGUUUGUGGCUCCUGCACCCUGCUCAGCAGCUCUGUCCCGGGACAGUCAGGGUGGACUCAAGCUUUCUGGUUCUCCACAGAAGACGUCUCUGCAAGAAGCCUGGAGUCUGUUUCAGGCCAGGAGGAGGGGAUUUGCUGAGGGCCAAGGGGGGUUCUGGGACAGAGUCUGGAAAGCUGGUCUUCAGGCUCUCAGUCCCAGGCUGGGCAGGCACGGUCACUUCACUUCAGCCUUUCAGUCCCUCUCUCUGCCUGUGGGAAUCUGGACACAUUUUGGGAGGCCUCCCGAGGCUGUGGGACAUGCUUGCUCUGGCAGCUGCAGGGUUCCUGUCUGGCCUCCCUGGUGAGCAGAGGGGCGGCCACGACGGGCGGUGGCCUAGAGACCCAGGACCUGGGCGCCUGGGAAAAUGGAAUGCAACCCACAUUGUAAAGCCACUGGCAUCUGAUUAUCUCCAUUUGAACACACAGCACAGAACAAUCAUUUAAAUAUUAUUUUGGAAAGGGGUUUUGGGGACACAGAAGAAUAAGAAAACACAUCUCA